AUGGCGAGAGCAAAGAAUAAGGACCCCGUCCUCAUGCAUGCAGUCUUGCCACACACCGGAGCUAUCGAGUGCGUAUGCAACAUUCUUUGUUCCGAGUAUUCUGCUGACCGAAGGACCUCCUAGUUUCUCGGCGAAAUCAGUCAUCGUCAAAGUUGGCACAUCUGUGGCUACAUUCCAUGUUGAUGAGGGCCUGUUACGCAAGAACUCGGCCUUCUUUGAUGCUGCGCUUAAGAAGGACUGGGCCGAGGGUCAGCGGCGCAAGGUGGAACUUCCCAAGGCAGAUCCUGAGACAUUCAAUAUCUGGGUCAAUUGGCUGUACAGUCGUCGGCUAUUCACCGACAUCGAUGCCGAUACACCGAAGCGGGACGAUCACGACACCUACCCUCGUCUCAUUGAAGCAUACACUCUCGGGGAUUCGCUGAUGGACGCCGACUUCAAGGACGCUGUUACGGAUGCCUUCUCAGUCCACUUCAUCACCCCAGAAGACAACACUCGUUGGAUGCCGCACUCGGAGGAUAUCAAGGACUUGUACGAGAGGACCGCAUCAACUUCGAAGCUCCGCAAACUUCUCAUUUUCCUGGUCUCGUCUUUGAACAAUGUCCACGAAGUUAUCAGUGGAGAAGAGAUACCCUCAUAUCUCGCGGAUCUUGCGAAGUUCCUCUUUGAGAAUAGAAAUUCGCUCCCGGACUGGAAAAGCUCGUCUCACGCAGUAGCGCGCUGCGAGUUCCACGAGCAUGAGGAGGGAGAAGAAAAGUGCUAUCGGACAAAGUACCACGCACCUUUCACCUUCACCCUAUCGGGUGGCCGUAGAGCUUUCUGUCACCAUGCCGGGAGGAAACCUAUGCGUCUGAGGCCCCGUAUGCGAGCACGGAAAUGGACAUCGCGGGAGAGAAAUGCGCCGAGAGCAGGAAGUUGUUUGUUCCGGCAUGCUACGACUCAAGUCUGUCUAUAA